UGGUUAUGUUCACAUUCGAUUGCUGCACUGUUUCUGCGGUGUGUGUGUACGUGUGUGAGCUCAUUUCAGGAUGGUUGAAAACCUUGCAGACAGUAGAAGAGACAACACUGUGGGGUUGUUUUUUGAGUAGGAAAUACAUGUCGUUUUGCACCUCAAUUAAGAUCGAGAACAAGAAACACACUGGGAAGAGUUUCAGCAUGUGCAGCGAACACAGGACCCUGACCUGGACACUAUUGCUACUUCUUCUGUCUGGUGCUCUCUGCUACGAGUGGGAUGUGAAAUAUCAACCAGUCAUCUGUGCUGUGAAGGGCUCCUCUGUUGUCAUUCCAUGCUCAUUUCACUAUCCUCCUCAUCUGGCAGUUCAAAAUGUCAUGUGGGGCCAUGAAAGGAAUAAUUUUUAUACAGGUCCUUUUUUAUUUGAAAACAACAACAUGAAAUCCUCAAAGUUUGAGUAUGUUGGUGACAAACAUCACAACUGUUCUUUAAAAAUACACUCAGUAGAACACAACGAUCAAGGUAAAUAUGCAUUCAGAUUUACGACCAACACAGAAAAGGGCAUUUGGACUGGUAGUAAAGGCUCACAAUUGAAUAUCAUUGAUCUGAAGAUAAAAAGAUCGAAUGGAAACAGAACAACGAACGAGGGUGACUCUGUGGAACUGACCUGCCUCAGCAGCUGCAGCGGCCUUAACCGCCCAUCUGCUUUCCUCUGGUUGAAGAAUGGAGAACUCAUCACGGAAGAACCUUCACUACGUUUGUCUAACGUUUCCUCCAGCAGCUCUGGAAACUACUCUUGUUCUCUGAAAUCGCACAAGGAGACAACGUCAGGAGUCAUCAAUAUCAAUGUUGAAUAUGGCCCUAAGAACACAACAACAUCCGCCGGACCAUCGAUGGAGGUAGAUCUCUGGAGCAGCAUCAUCGUCACCUGCAGCAGUGAUGCAAACCCUCCUGUGGAGAAUUACACCUGGUUCAAAAUACACUAUGAUGAUAUUGAAAGCGUUGGACACAAGUCUGAACUGUACAUAAUAGGGGUUUCUAAUGAUGACAAUGGCCAGUACUUUUGCAGAGCCACCAACAAACAUGGAAGUCAAAACUCCUCUGUAACGUUAAAGGUCAAAGGGUAUUUUUCUCACAGCAUCAGCAUCAGCAUCAGCAUCGCUGCUGCUGCUGCCGUUACUGCACUUCUCAUCGCACUGGCUGUUGUGACCGUCUUCAGAAAACUCAACAAAGAAGGGACGAGCGCACCAGAGGUUGAGUGCGUGGAGGACAUGCAGGAUGCCGUCUACACCAACUGGCCUGUGUUUGACAACAGCCAAUCACAACCGGGAAAUAAGUAUAAGGCCAAAACCACAGAAGAACCCUUCUACGCAACUGUUGCCUUCAGCAAAAAGACAGAGUCAAACAUGCAGCAACAGACGGCCACGUGUAAUGAAGAUGAAUCUGUGAUUUACAGCACGGUGUGGAGGGAACAAACCUUGAACAAACCUUGAAUUCUGUAUAUGUUAAAACUUUGUGAUUUUACAACAAGUGCACAUUAUUUUCCAGCAAGAGGAGGAUAUAUAUAGUUAAAAUAUAGUUAAAUAUAGUUUAAAUAGUUUAAAAAAAAGAAACUUUUAACAAAAAAUAGGGUUAGGGUUAGGGUAUUAUUAACUUGUAUUAAUAAUACAAGUUCCUCUGAAAGUUGACAUUGUAAGAGUUGAAGUGGACGUAAAAGACAUUGUAUCCAAAAAUAACUGCGAUACAGAUACUGCCAUGUUGGACUAUGUCUCUUUGAAUUCAGGAUGUUUUUAUUUUUAUUUUAUUUAUCAUGUCUCUGGGUUAAAACAAUGUGCAUUAAUUAUUGUAAUACAACUGCACCUACAAUAUGCAACAUGUACUGUAUGAAUAACUGUUUGAAUAAA